UUGUUGUCAAAUCGCCGCAAAGUUGUGUGUUGCAUAUUGGGAGAUAAUUUUAUUGUUUUGCUACUAUAUUUUUAUCCAAAUAUUCCGCGAUAAGGCUGCACAAUGAAUUUAUCUGAGGAUAAUACAUUCGGGAACGGGCUUCUAUACGUGGGAUUUAAUCAAGAUCAAGGUUGUUUUGCUUGCGGAACGGAGAAUGGAUUUCGGGUGUUCAAUAGCGACCCACUUAAGGAAAAAGAGCGACAGAAUUUCGCUGAAGGUGGUCUUUCUUACGUCGAGAUGCUAUUUAGAUGCAAUUACAUGGCUUUAGUAGGAGGUGGUAAAACCCCCGUAUAUCCUCCGAACAGAGUCAUAAUAUGGGAUGAUUUGAAAAAAGAUUCUGCAAUAUCACUCGAUUUCAACAGCCCUGUGAAAGCUGUGAAGCUGCGAAGAGACCGCAUUGUUGUUGUAUUGGAAAACUUGAUAAAAGUUUACACAUUCACGGCUCAGCCACAGAUGUUACAUGUGUUUGAGACAUGCCAAAACACUAGAGGACUAUGUGUUGUCUGCCCCAACAGUAAUAAUGCUCUACUUGCCUACCCCAGCCGCAAAACAGGACAUGUUCAGUUGGUGGAAUUAACCACACAUGCAGGUGCCAGUGCUGCCCCAGAAGGUCACUUGAUAGCUGCACAUGAGGCACCACUCAGUUGCCUGGCCCUCAAUGUGGGUGGAACCCGGCUGGCUACUGCCUCUACUAAAGGCACACUCAUCAGAGUUUUUGACACAGGCACUGGACAGAAGCUUGCUGAGCUCAGGAGAGGCGCACACCAAGCUACAAUUUACUGCAUAAACUUCAAUCACUCAAGCACCAACUUAUGUGUUACAUCAGACCAUGGCACAGUCCAUGUGUUCAGCUUGGAAGAUGAAAAGCUCAACAAGCAGUCCAGUUUGGCGACAGUAAACUUUUUACCAAAAUAUUUUUCAAGCAAUUGGAGUUUUUGUAAAUUCACCAUCCCCAAUGGACCUCCAUGUAUCUGUGCCUUUGGAGUUGACAAAAGUUCCAUUAUUGUUAUCUGUGCUGAUGGAUCUUAUUACAAGUACAAGUUUAACGAAAAGGGCGAGUGUACUAGAGAUGUUUACGCUCAGUUCCUGGAGACAUCUGAAGACAGAUAAAUAUUACAUCUUAUUGAAGACGAUGUAACAAACUGUCACCCGAAAACUGAGUGUAUAAGUGAGCUUGUCUCCUAUAAACUCAUAUUCGCGAUAUUUGUUGAAUUUUUCGUGUGAUUAAUUAGUGAUACUACCUGAAAUUUAUAGAAUUAUAAUAAUAUUCAACGUAGAGAUAAAUAUUAUAUACAUUUAUGACGAUAUAUUUGUAAUGAAGAGAUGUAACUUGAAUUUUCAAGUGUCAUGUUGGCUUUAGCCAUGCAACUUAGAUGCAAAAAAUCACAUAUCAUGUAUCCACUCAAUUUCAUUAUGUACCUACUUCAUUACUAGAUGUUGGAGGCAGACUCAUUUAUAAACAAGUAUUGGCAACUAUCACAUAGUGCUACGUUACACAAUUCAUUCCCUGACCAACAAAAUGAAUAAUAAAUAUCUAAUUGUAGUUUGAGCUUUAUGUUGCUCUGUGACAUGUUAUAAAAUCUUAGAUUUUACGAUUGAAGACUUUUAAAAUACAAAACGUUAGAUUAGUUGUUUAGGCCAAGAAUUGUGUGAUUUUAUAUGAAAGCAGUGAAGGUGCAAAAUAUGUGUAAGAUAUUUUAAUCAUUAAUAUUGUGGUUGUAGCCAUUUAGUUAUCGUCACAUUGUGGCACUUAUACUCGAAGGUAUCCCGCCCUUGACAAAUGCAAUGAGUGAUUAGAAAAGUCAAUGUAAGUGCCCUUUUUUGAGAUAUGCACAUGCCACAUGGUUGUGGUCCUACUAUGUGCUCAUAUUUCUUUGGAAUAUAAAUGGAUAAAUGUUUUUCUACAAGUUUAAACAUAAUUUGUAUGCCAGUGUACAGCCACUAACUGGCUUUUCUAUUCAUUCGUUUGACUAGCAUAUAGAUGCCAUUUGUCUGUGGUGCCAGUGGGAGGGACUCAGGUCAGACAUUGGUCGCGUCGUGUCUGCUGCACAUGAUCAAUGUAUUAAACUUCCUUUAGACAUACCAUAUAAUUAUACUGAAAACUAAAACAUUAAUAUCACUUACAAAAUGGCAUUAAAUUUUACUGCACAUUGACAAAAUUAUUAGAAUUCAUUAAAACAGCCUUCAUUCCUUGUGAUGUGAUGUGCCGUUUCAGAAUCUAUGUGAAAAAUAUUAUGUAUGUUUUGUUUUUAUGGUUAGGGCAGAUUAUAUCUGCAAAGAAUCAUUAGUAUGAAAUUAUUAUUAUUGGAAAAUCCAAAAGAACUUUGAUGUCACAAGAACUAUUAUUUAGUUACGUUUGUUUUUCUUAGACCUUUAUAAGGAACAGUUUAACCAUUGAAUUUUGGUGUUCAUUCAUUUUAUAGUAAAAAAAGCUUGCUUUUUAACCGACUUCAAAAAAGGAGAAGCUUCACAUCAGCUGCAAUUAGUUUAUUCAUAUAAAAAAAACUUUGAGUAAUUGGAUUUAUUAAAACUUAAGACUGGAUCUUUGAUCAAUAUUUGUUAGUUACUAUAUUAUUGCAAAAUUGAGCAUUAUGUAGAAUAAAAGUUAAGUGGAUAGUACGUUAUUAAGAUGUGGUUAUUGUAACAAUAUUAUUUAUAUAACUUUUUUCACCUAGAUAUAUAAAUGUGGUCAAUCAACUAAUAUUACAGCCAAACAACUGUCUUGCGACAAAAA